AUGGCUCGUCUGUUGCGAUCAUUGCAGCAAUUACUGGGGAAUACAACUCCAGCUCCUAUUGCUGCACCAAAGCAAACUUUUGGUCUUGUUCGAUCGCGAUCUAUCAACGCCGAUUUCUCGGUGUUUCAAGAGGGCGACCGAGUUUUGUUAAACACCAAACAACCAGCACUGACGAAGCCAUUGAAGAAAGGUGGAAAAACCAAUCUUCGAAAGGGUCAUUUGGCGCAUGACCUCGUCAUUGGAAAUCGGGUAUGGGAUGCAGUUCAAGCACACAAGGGGCCAGAGGUUAGGUUGAGUCUGCCAACUCUUGAAGAAUAUGUAACUCUGACCCCUCGACAUGUGACACCGAUCUAUUCACACGAUGCCAAUCUAAUUGUCUCCCUCCUCGAUCUCCAUCCCAAUACACCUUCCGCGGGUGAAAAACAAGCACCGAUAGAAAUCCUUGAAUCGGGUACCGGACAUGGAUCUUUAACAUUACACCUUGCGCGGGCCCUUCACGCGGCCAACUCGACUCCACCACCUCGACCAGUAACUUCGCAGAUCCAGCACGUGGCGGACAGGAAUCGGGACCCUAGAGAGAAGGAAGAACCAUCAAUGGAAUCCGAGGCUGUGACAGAAGACGACCCGGCUCAGGUCCAAGAGGAUUGGGAUGCAUGGCGAGCUGAGCGGGGCGCAAUCAUCCACACCGUGGAUGUAUCGUCAAGGUUCGCAAGACUUGCCGAACAAAAUGUGCAAGGGUUCCGCCGCGGGAUAUAUGCUGGAACCGUCGAUUUCUAUGUUGGCGCAGUGGAGGAAUGGAUCAAUGAGCAGGCGACUCGUCGCGCAAAGGCGGCUGAGAAGGUCGAGCCUUUCUUGUCAUGUGUCAUAUUGGACAUGCCGUCUGCACAUGAACGGAUUCCCUUGGUGAAAGACAGUAUUAUGCGAGACGGAAAGCUCCUUGUCUUCGCCCCCAGCAUCACACAAAUUGGAGACUGUGUGCAAACAAUCCAUGACAUGGGGCGGCCUUUCGUCCUCGACCGAGUAGUUGAACUUGGAAUUGGCUUAACAAGUGGCCGGCAGUGGGAUGUGCGUCUCGCAGUGAAGAAAUCUACUUCUGAUCCUUCAACUUGGGAAUCAGGCGCCGAGAGCGAGGAAACAGCUCAAACUGGCGAUGAAGCACCUGAAGACGAACCUAUUGGUAGCCCGGAGACUCCAGUUCCAGGUCCUGGGGCCACUGGAAAGAACGCGGUGAUGGUAUGUCGACCAAAGGUAGGACUACGCACCAUGGGAGGUGGGUUCGUCGGAGUCUGGCGACGUAUUGAAGAACGUACCUGA